UUCCUCCGCCGCUUCUCCGCAGCCUCGUAUGUUUACACUUUCCUCAAAAAACGUUAAUUAAUAGAUGUCUUUUCCUCGGGAUGCUUUUAAUCUUUAUCUUGAGGUGAUAAGCGAGUGAUAUGAGAGAGCGAAGAAGAGAAGAGAAGAAGAGAAGAAGAGAAGAGAGCCAAGAGAACAAGGAGGCGCAGGAAGGAGAGAGGCUUAGAGAGCAGUCAGUAUGGACCCUCUCUUCCUCAAUCUGAGCCUGCCACAGCAGGCCGUUGCUGCCACUUCCACACCUCCAGUUGCAAAUCAGGUUAAUGGCCUUCCACAGGAGUCAAAACUCGCCACAUAUAUUAGUAAUCGACACCAGCUGCCAGCCACAUCACAACCACAGCAGCAGCAACAGGAGCAUUCCCUUACCAAGAGCAUUGCUGCUCUUAGCCUGGAUGGGGUUGGAACGAGGAAAAUCAGUGUGCCAUCAGUGAGUAGUAUAGCAGAGUUUGUGCCUGGGUCAGGUGGAAGUGCUGGCCUGGCCCACUCUGCCUCCACGCCCUCCUUCCAUUCGUUCACUGGCCUCGGCUCCCCCUCCACACCAUCCUCGCUGAGCUUCACCCCUAUGACCGGCACUUCCCCAGCCGCCACAGUGGCAUCUCCCCAAAGGCCUGUUUCUCCCCAAGGGUCUCCUAACAGGGGACGGCACUCCCCUCUUGUGGGGGGUGGAGACGACACAAGCAAUGCUUCCAGUUUGUCCACCUACCAAGAGAAUGUAGGGGGCACCACCUACUUCUUCACUGCCCAGGACCAGCAGUCAUUCACAGCUGGGGCAGCACCUUCACCUGCCCCAUUUACAGCUGGUCCACCUCCCCUGGUGUUCCCACCUUAUCACAUUUUACCGCCCACACCUGCCCAUAUCCACCACUUGCGUGCACCCAGCAACACACCGCAUUUCUUUAUGGGGGACGAGUUGCGGCAUGACCUGUUGGAGAGACAUGCUCUGGCUCUGGCUCAUGUUGACCCAGAGAAUUUUCCUGAUUUACCACAAGAGGUUGACAUGUACCAUGAGUUGGUACCCCUUGAACCUCAGCCUGCGAUAAACAAAUCAUCUAUGUUUGGAUAUGCUACCUCCGUUUACAAGGCGACCAAUAUCAAGACAGGGCUUCAUUACUGCCUUUAUCGUAUUCAUGGCUAUCGGCUGAGUAACGUGAAGGUCACCCAGCUGGUGGAUCUGUGGAAAAAAAUUCAACAUUCCAGUGUAACUCAGUUGCGAGAAGUGUUCACCACGAAGGCCUUUAAUGAUAACUCAAUUGUGUUUGUCUAUGACUAUCAUGCCGGAGCAGAGACCUUGGCUGCACGUCACUUCUCCUCACCAGCAGCACUGAGUGCCAGUGGGUGGGAGGGGCUGGUCAACUCACAUGGGGCGACAAGCGGGAACAGUCCUCAUGACCCAUCGUCCAGGAGCUUACACAAGAGCCAUCGCCACAAUUCCGGGAACAGUCUGUUGCCAGAGGCGACCCUCUGGAACUACAUUAUCCAACUCACUGGGGCAUUGAGGACCAUCCACACUCAGGGUCUCGCUUGUCGCACACUAGACCCAUCCAAAAUUCUCCUUACAGACAACAAGUCAAGAAUCAGGGUGAACUGCUGCGGGAUUCUUGACGUGUUAAACUUUGAUCCGAAUGCUGCCAACCCCCUGGCCAACAUGCCUCAGUAUCAGCAAGAGGAUUUAGUGAACCUUGGGAAGCUAAUGGUGGCACUGGCAUGCAAUUCCGUUCUGGCUCUGCAGCGAGACAACAUCCAGGCAGCUCUGGAACUCAUCAACAGAUCAUACUCACGGGAUUUGGCUAUGUUGGUAGUUUGUUUGCUCACCUCUCAGCGCAUCAAAAGCAUUAAUGAUGUUAUGCCAAUGAUUGGUGCAAGGUUCUACACUGCUUUAGAGAGUGCCACGCAGAGAGCUGAUGUUUAUGAGAGUGAGCUGUCCAAAGAAAUACACAAUGGUAGACUUUUCCGUCUCUUGACAAAGUUGAAUACCAUUGUUGAUCGACCAGAACUCAAUAUGGACACAGCCUGGUGUGAGACAGGAGAUAGAUAUAUGCUGAAACUCUUCCGUGAUUAUGUAUUCCAUCAGGUAACUGAUGAUGGAAGACCGUGGUUGGACUUGGGACAUGUGGUGACUGUUCUGAAUAAAUUAGAUGCAGGAUCUCCUGAUAAGAUUUGUUUGAUGUCUCAUGAUGAGCAAAACAUCCUGGUGACCUCCUAUGCAGAACUAAAAAGGUGCUUCGAACGCUCCUUUGCUGAGCUGCUGCAGGCAGCAUCUUCACAUAAGGCAACAUAACCCUAUACAAAGGGGUGGUUGACUUCUUGACCCUCCACACAGGUUUGGCAGAUGCAUUUGCUCUGAUCAGUGCAAGGAAGAAUAGAUGUGUUGGGCAGGACUUGUUCUUUGGCUUUUGUUGAUGAAGAGCAGGCUGUAUUUUUUUCAGUGCCAUUAUUGUUGAGCUUGCUGGUAUUGGUUCAAAAAGAUAUGAUUGCCAUGUUCUUUCAGAUCAAACAUAAGCUUUUUUGCACUCUCUCUGAAUAAUGUACUGACUGGUUAUUUACUGGUACUUACUGUGUAUAUGAAUAUUUUUGUGGACUCUCUUGUACAAUUCUUAAGAUUUUAUUUUUAAAAAAAUGUAUGGAAAUGCAUUUGAACAUAAUUUGUGAUAAUAUUACUAAAGGUGAUGAGCAUUUGAAGAAAGGAAAAACAAACAACAAACAAACAAACAACAACAAAAAAACACUAGAAUUCUCCGACAGACUCCUGGUAUGGGCUCUCAGCCUUCGGAUGUUUUCGUAUGUAAGUGUUUUGAAAAAGUUGUGGAAAGGAAAAUGUAGUUGUUGGAAUGUGUACCAUCCAUGCACCUGUACAAAGCUCUCCAAGAUGCAACCGCAAGUGUUCUAUAAGUGAAAUGUUCUACGUCCUUUGUACAUUGUUGACACGACAUAUCAGCUGUGAAAAUAUAUUCUUAGAACUGCCAA